AUGGUUACCACCUUUAAUGAAAAUCUGUUUUCCCCUGAAGUGAUCCAGGAUCCGUAUUCCUAUUUCGGGCGGAUGCGAGAGGAAGACCCGGUGCACUGGAACGACCCGUACAAGCUGUGGGUCAUCACCAAGUACAAGGAUUUGGUCUGGGUAACCCGGCGCCCCGAGGCGUUCUCGUCCGAGGUGUUCACCCGCGACCCGCUGCCUCCGUAUCCUUCGAUCGACGAAUCGGACAUGGGACUCUACGAAGACGUGCGCAACUUCUUCAGCCAGUGGUUCAUUCAAACCGACAGGCGUGCAGUGAGCACGCACGAAGAGAUCCGUGAGCACGGCGCGCCCGACCACACCGACAUGCGGAAGGUCAUCCACGGCUACUUCACGCCCAAGGCCAUGGAGCUGUGGCGGCCGCUGGUUCAGUCCGCCAUCAAGCAACUGCUCGACGAGGCGGAAGACCGCGGCAGCAUGGACGUGAUGCGUGACUAUGCCACGCCGCUGCCCCUGCUGGUGAUCGCUGCCAUGAUGGGCAUCGAGACCUACGACCGGCAGUUCAUUCGCUCCCUGGCGGAGAAGCUGCUGUUCAUCGGGCGCGGCAACGCCGACCGGAUGCAGCCGCUGUCAGAGGGCAUCACCGAGUUGCAGGAGUACCUGCGGCCGAUGGUGAGGGAUCGCCUGAAGAACUCCAACGGCGACCUCCUGGACAAGAUGACCGAUGCCGCCCGUAUGACGAACGCAGCGGGCAAGCGGAUCAUGGACGAGGAGCAGGUGGUUGCCAAUGCCAUCCUGCUGCUGCUGGCCGGUCACGAGACCACGAUCAACCUGAUCUGCAACGGCACCCGGGCGUUCAUGACCCACCCGGACCAGUGGGAACUCUUCAAGGCCGACCCGGCCAGCAGGAUGAUCCGCGCCACCGAGGAAUGCCUGCGGUACGACGCGCCGGUGAAGUCCAUCACCCGCAUCGCCGGGGAGGACGUGGAACUGGGCGGCAAGACCAUCCAGAAGGACGAGCGGAUGCGGUGGUUCGUGACCUCCGCCAACCGGGACCCCGAAGUGUUUGAUCGGCCCGAUGACUUCGACAUCGAGCGGUAUCCGAACCCGCACGUAGCGUUCGGCAGCGGCAUCCACCACUGCCUGGGGGCGACCCUGGCGCGGCUGGAAGGGCAAGAGGCGUUCAAGGCGCUGGCCGACAGGUUCCCGAAGCUGAACAUGGACUGCAACCCGGACGACCUGUCCUACACGUCCAGCAUCACGUUCCGUACGCUGGAGAAGCUGCCGGUCAGCCUGUCGUAA